UGAAUGUCUCAAUAUUAAAUGAGUUGUGGAUUUGGAGUUUUGGUACCAAACUCAUUUGGAUCUCUAGUUGCUGUUCUUCUUCUUUCAAAAUGCCCUCUAAUUCUUUUGUUUUUCUUUGGCCUUCCUUUUGUUUUUGGUCGUUUUGGAUUUUUUACAGCAUUCCUUCUCUCUUGUUAUUCAUCAAGCUCACGAAUUUUUUCUUCAUUUGUUUGGAACACUUUUCUUACAGAUUUGUACAUUUGUUCCAAAGCAUCGUCACAUAAUUUUGUUGCUUCAUCAUUCCCUUGACAUAUACCUACAAGGUUGUAGAAAUUCUUUGUUAUUGAUUGCCUCCAAGGAGUGUUUAUUAAUGAAUGAUCUGUAGUUGCAUUUCCUAACAAAAAAAAAAAAAAAAUUAUUACAUUUGUCAUAAAAUAAUAUAGGUCAGGAAUAAAUAUAUCUAUAUCAGGAAUAAUAUCUUUAUUGUCAGUCAUAACAAUAUAUCACUACUACAAAAAUGGCCUAAGGAACCACUUCUUUAGCACCAGAAAAGUUAGAACACCGGUUUCUUAGAUAAUGAAACCAUAUAUCAUAAACAUCCGGUCUCUUAGACUUGAAUAAAAAUGAAACCACAAACUUAUAAACUCCGGUGCCUUAUAUCAAGUUGAUAAUGCCGAGAGUCAAAGAGACUGUAAAUUUAAUAGCAUUGGUUUCUUUAUACAAGUAUUUUUUUUGGGAAAAAAUAGAGCGCCAAUUCACCCUAAAAUUUCCCUCCUAUUAAAAAUUCCAUACCCUCUAGAAAAUUACUAAGUAGAUUAAUUUAGAAAAAAAAAAAUCUUCACUUCCAAUAAUUGACCAAACCGACUCUGCUACAUACUCCCGGCCUGCUGCUUGUCCGCCAUAGCCCAAACGGCCAAACCCCAAACAAACUCUCUUUCUUCUUGCUACUAUUCCGAACGCUGCUCCAUUGCUGGUGAUGUAAGUACUCCAUUAAAGGAAAUUUUAUUUCUUUCAUAAUUCAAUUCAAUAUUUCAAAAGUUAGGGUUUAUUGCUUUCAACCACGCGCGCAUUCGUAAUCGCCUAAUCUACCACUACCACCAGUACUCGUCGAAUUGCAUAAUCCAGCCAACAAUCCCAAUUUUGCGACAGGUAUUAUCUCAAUUAACUCAUCAUAAUCUACAUUUUUUUAUGAAUGUUAGAUUAAUUGAUUAGAAGUAGUAUGUGAAGUUGAAGCGUUGAUUGCCGCCGAUAUUUAGGACUUUGUUUGUAUGAUUAUUGGAAAAAAAAGUAGCCUUUUUAGAUGACAACAGAUUGGUAUGAUUAAUUUUUUUUAAAAAAAUUGGUAUUUAUCUAGUGGUAUUAGGAGUAAUUUGGUCCAAUUGAUCUUGAGAUGGAAAGUAUCAAUAUUAGAAUUGUGACUAUAACAAAUUGUGUUGAAGAGGAAUGUUAAGGAGAUGUUUGUUGAUUCAAGUUCUCUUACAGUAAGGAAAUUGAACAGGCAUGGCCCACUUAGCACACUCCAUAUUCAUAUCACUCCAUGAAGUAUGAAGUAUCAAUUUCUGUCAUACUUCUUGAUAAUCUGUUUCUCAUGUUAUACAUUGGUUCUAUAUGAUUAUAAGCUCUAAUUUAUAAUAUAGUUUAUGAUACUCUAAUAUUGAGUUUUGGCAUAAGAAUUAUUUGAUGAAGUAUGAAGUAUUUGAGUUUUUAUUUGGUGCUUCAUUUUAUAAGAAAUAUAAGAGUAUAGUUAUAAUAUAGUUUAUGAUAAUUUAAAUGGAACUUUGUUUGGUGCAUUAUGAAAAAAAAAUAUACGAAUAUGUAGGCCUCAUUUUAAAAUUAGUUUAGGGCCUCCAAAAUAGUUUAGACGACGGUGCUGAAGGGCAUAUAUAAAGAAGCGCAAUAUUAGCUCUAGACUUGUAAAGUUGUAACAUUACUACUAUGCGUGCAACCAAAUAAGGGAUAAUUACAUAAAAAACAGCAGAAGAAAUGUUAGAAGAAAUCAGAAGUAUCUUUGUUUCUUCAUUAUUUUCUCUUAUCAUGCCUUCAUCUUUCCUUAAAUAGUGAUUGUGUAGUAGCACUUGUACAGGUGCGCAUUCCAUUAGAAAUGUCUAUGAGGAGAUAAGAACUCCUAGGAUAAUGUAUUUAGAUUGACUCUCAGUUAAAGGAGCCCCCCUCCCCCCCCCCCCCAAUAAUUAGUAAGCCUAUUCUUUGUAAAUGAUACUACUACUGUUUUAUGCCAACAAUAAUUAGUUAGCCUAUUCUUUGUAAAUGAAAUGAACUUUUUCUUCCAUUUGGAAAAGAUUGAAAAAAAAAAUUGUUGUCUUAUUAUGAUAUUUGUUGGUUUUAAUUGUUAUUUUAUUAGAUUGGUUAUCAAAUGAAUGUUUAAACAAUGAUUUUAUCUACUAGUAUCUGAUAGCUCUAUUUGGGUUUUCUCUAUGUGUGUAAUGCAAUCGUUUCCUCGUCAAUUGGUUGACUAUGUGCUCUUGUUUUACUGUAUUCUUAAGAGUAACUUUUAAGACAUUAUUGUCAGAUAAUUAUCUUUUUGCUUUUCAUUCUUGUUUUGUCUCACAUGUGUAAUUGAUUUGAGAAGCAUCAGAGUAAUGUGUGUGUGCCUGACCUUUCCUUGAUGUAUAAAAUCCGUGAUGUGCUGCUUCCAUUAACUUUUAAAAUUUUAACUUAGAAAUGGAUCGAAGUUGGAUUUCUACCUCCAAGCCGGGUGACCCACAAUAUGAAGCUGGAAUAAGGGAAUUUAUUAAUUUUGCUAUUAAAAAUGCUGGGGAUCGAUCUAGGUUACCAUGUCCUUGUUUCAAGUGUCAUAACUUUUUGUAUAGACCGACUGAUGAAAUUCUUUAACACUUUAGCAAGAUGGCCUUCGAUAGAACAUAUACCAUUUGGACUUGGCAUGGGGUAAGUAAAGAAGGAACCUCUACAAGUGAUAAUGAAAAUAAUGGUCAUGGUGGUCUUAAUUAUAAUGAGGGUGAUAGGUUAGCAGACAUGAUGCGAGUAGCUCAAGAUCAAUUUGAUGAAAACCCAGCAACAUUUGAGAGGAUGUUAAGUGAUUCUGAAAAACCCUUGUACCUAGGUUGUAAGAAGUACACAAGAUUAUCAGCAAUAUUGAGGUUAUAUAACCUAAAGGCAGGUCAUGGUUUGACUGAUAAUAGUUUUACAGAAAUACUUGAUUUAAUAAAAGACAUGCUUCCGAAUGAUAACGUUCUUCCAAGACGCACAUAUGAGGCAAAAAAGAUGUUGUGUUCAAUGGGGUUACCCUAUGAGAAAAUUCAUGCUUGCCCUAAUGAUUGCGUUUUAUAUCAGAAUGAUCUUGAUUCUUUAAAAAAUUGUCCAGUGUGCAAUGUUUCACGAUACAAGGAGAAAGAAGGGGUGCAUGAUAAGGUUUUGUGGUAUUUUCCAAUAAUUCCUAGAUUUAAACGUCUUUUUUCUAAUGCAAGCGAUGCAGCAAAAUUGACAUGGCAUUCUGAAGGACGAGAAAAAGAUGGGAAGCUUAGACACCCAGCUGACUCCCCUCAAUGGAGGUUUAUUGAUGCAAAAUUUCCUGAGUUUGCUAAAGAAAAGCGAAACCUUCGCCUUGCAUUGUCUACUGAUGGUAUGAAUCCAUUUGGUAAUCUAAGUAGCAGUUAUAGUACAUGGCCGAUAGUUUUGGUUACUUAUAACCUGCCUCCUUCUUUGUGCAUGAAAAGAAAGUACAUGAUGCUCUCGCUGUUAAUUUCUGGCCCAAAACAGCUCGGAAAUGACAUUGACGUCUAUUUAGCACCCCUUAUUGAUGAUUUAAAGAUGUUAUGGGAGAAAGGUGUAGAUGCAUUUGAUGCACAUCAUAAUGAAGUUUUUAAUUUGAGAGCUAUGUUGUUUUGCACCAUUCAUGAUUAUCCAGCUUAUGGUAAUCUUUCAGGAUAUACAGUGAAAGGAGAAACGGCUUGUCCAGUAUGUGAGGAUGGUAUGAAAGGGCAAUGGUUAUCAGCUUCAAAUAAAACUGUUUACUUUGAUCAUCGUCCUUUUUUACCUAUUAAUCAUGAAUACCGCAAGCGAAAAAAAGCUUUUAAUGGAAAACAAGAAUUUAGAAGACGUCCUAAAGUCUUGAGUGGUAAAGAGGUGUUUGAAAAGGUUAAAGACAUUCAGGUAACCUUUGGGAAGAAAAAUAGAUCAAAGCUUCCUAAACAAGGGUACAAGAAAUAUUCAGAGUUUUGGCGUUUACCUUAUUGGAAAUUCCUUUUUGUUAGACACUGUUUGGAUGUGAUGCAUAUAGAAAAAAAUGUGUGUGAUAGCUUAAUUAACACAUUGUUGAAUGUCAAAGGUAAGACAAAAGAUGGUGCUAAAGCUCGUGAUGACUUUCAAUUCUCAUCUAAUUUGUUUUUUCUUUAAUUUUAUUUCUAGUUUACAUCUAAUUUAUUUAUUUACUGUGGUGUACAAAAUUCUCUAAGGUUAAUAAUCAACUUAAAGACAAGGAGAAUACCCCUUUAUCGAGAUUGCCAUCAAAACAAGUUUCAUCUAAAAAGCCAUAUAACAUUACUAAUAAAGAUCGUGCCUUGGUUAACCUCUGGUUUAUUGGAAGCUUUUAAGAAAGAAGCUAUAGGAUUGAGACAGAGGAAUGGGGCCAUAAUUUUGAACAUCCCGUUCAAUGUUUUCUACAAUGAGAUGGUAAUUCGACUUGAUUAUGAAGAUAUAUUUGAUUGGUGUUUUCAAAGAGAGGUAGGGGCAUCUCACAUGUCGAUUUUCAUGAGGUACCUAGCGAAGAGUGUCAAAAGGAGAGUAUAUCAGGGUUGUAUGGUUUUUGCGAUGUUAAUUUUGUUUCUCCGCUGACCCCGACCGAAGAAGGAGUUUGAACUGACUAUUUAUGUAAUGUUCUUGGGUGCAAUGGUGACAAAAACAUUAAUCAAAUAUUCUUUGCUCCAUUCCAUGAUCAUCGGCAUUGGAGGUUAGCUGUCAUAAGUCCAUGGCAUGGAGCUGUAUUCUGGCUUGAUCCAGCCGGAGCCGAAAAUGAAAUUCCUGAAUUUGCUCGACAGACCAUUAAUGCCGGAAUGGGGAGCUUCAGUGUUAUUCAUCGAAAGGAUAUCAAGAAAAUGAAAAAAAACCCAGAAGUUUUGUGGCUUAAACCACAAUGUCCACGUCAAUAUCAAGACACCAAAGAUUGUGGAUAUUAUGUAUGCCGCUACAUGCAAGAGAUAAUAACAAGGAGACAACAAGUAGUUCCAGAAAAGUACUUUCCCCAAGCUCCCGCUACUUAUCAUCAAGAAAUGAUAGACAAGAUACGAGACACUUUGGUUACAUAUGUUUUUAAGCAAAAAGAAGUCACUGAUGAUGGUAUGGCGGAUGAUCAUGAAUGAUUAUUGCACAUUUUUAAACAUCGUAUAUAUUUUUUGGGAUACAAGGAUUUUUUCUUAUGGAGGCCAAUGAUUAGAGUUUACACUUCGGAGAAUUUUAGAUUUUGUUUUAUUUUUAUUUUUUUAUUAGAAAAUGGAUAGUGAUGCUUAGUGAAUUAUUGGAUUCAUAAUGUACAGUGUGUAAUUAAAUAUAUUAAGUGAAGUAUUAAAUUAUUCAGCCCAAUUUGA